AUGGAGCCUUUAUGCAAGAAACGUCUAUUGGAAAUGGAUUCCACUACCUUGGAAUUGAAGAAACGCGUUGAAAAGCUUGCCAAGCGCGAAAGUGACCGCAUGAAAUUGUUAAUGCGCGCUGAAGUUGCCUGGAAAGAUCUAGAACAAAGUUACCUAAAGCGUCUUUCGAGAGCUGAAGAAAAAGAGGAAGAGUUGGCGAAGCAGAUAAAAAAUAAUCUAAGCGAACGCUCCGAUUAUAAGUUAGCUUGCACGAAAUUGGCAAAACAAUUGGAAGACACACUUAACGCUGUCGACAAGGAGCGAGAUGAUUUGAGAAAAAUAGAGAUGGACAUUUGUGAGCGGGCGAGAAAGAAGAUGCGGCUGAGCGAGGACGCGGCGCACGCCGACGCUUCUCUUGCGCAGCAACAAUGCCUCUCGUCGCAGCACGAGAGAGAUCUUCGGUUCAAAGAAGAGCAAGCUCGAAGAAAACUCGUUAACUUGCAAAACGAAGUCGAGUCAUCUCGCGGGCUUAGGCACGAGGCAGAAAGAGCUCUACGGGCCGAGUUAGGGGCCUUAAAAGAUCAAGUGGCUAAAGUGUCUAAACGACUUUUAACGGAAGAAUCUGAAAUCAAAAACGUGAAAACUGAGCUUGAAGAAAUACGCCUGAAAAAAUCAAAUAUCAUUGAAGAUCUUGAAGCAUGCAAAUCGAUGUGUGAUCGUCGCUUACACGGAAAAGUGUUGGAACUGAAAGCGAAGACGGAACAGUUUGCCGAGGAGUCGUGUUCUUGUAAGUCAUUACGAAGUAGCCUGCUCUCGAACUUACUUAAGGACCUCUUUGAGGGUUUGCAAUCCGAGUUGGGUGAGAACGGGUCGAUGAUGCCGUGUGAACUAUUGAAAUGCUUAGAGGACAAACAUAACUGGGACCGCGCUAGCGAAGUUAAGGUCAACCUUCGGAGCUUCUUUGCAAAAUUGCUGGUUGGGGAGCUUGAUAUUGCUAUUGCUUCAUCUAUUGAAAAAUAUCACGCUAAGUGGGUUGGUGAAUCGUGCGCGGAUGCUGCAUCAAGAAAUCGCAUUGACACAGAAAUUGAGGAAAGGCAACAAAGAGCACUAGAAAAUCGAGCUCAAGAACUUGCAAAACAAUUAGCCGAAGAAUUAUUUCAGGAAAAGGCGGAGAAAUUAAUGGAAAAGGCUAAAGAUUUCAUGAAGUUAUCACCGCCGCCUUGUGAAUGCGACAAAAUACAACCUGGUGAUUGGUUUUAUUCUAAU